AUGGCACCUCUUCACCUAGACCUGGAGAGUCUUACUCUACAAAACUGCCGUGCUUUCGUUGGAGGCCAAGAUGCCGAAUUCAGCGUCUUGACCCGGAUCGACUCGAGUGAUGAGUGGUACGCUUUUGUUCUCAAGACAGAAGGUGGAAAGCGUUCAAAGAUUCUUGAGAACAAGGCAUCGAGACCCGAUCGUGCCCUCGAGCUGCUUCACGAGGCCUCGGCGCGUGUGGCUCAUCAAUAUGUAACCUGUCACGGCUACGAUCUCCCUCCCAGUACCACCUCCAAACCUUCAAGUGGUAUGCGUGGUGGCUCAGUGAAACCAGAUGUUAUUGCCUGCGGGUCUUCUGACAGCGAGGCAUUUGUGUCUGACUCUGACGAUUCUGUACUUCCUCCCCGCCGAUCUCAUCGCCGUGGUCACCGCAGCAGCCGAGGAGUUAAUGAAGCAGCGAGUACACACACAGAGCGAGAGGAGGCACAUUCUGCUAGCGACAGCGAUGAGCCCACUCGUCGUCGUAGUCCUCCUUGGGGGAUGAGUUUCCCUCAUCGUCCAGCCGGAAUGCAUAUGCACAACCUUCCCCAAGCAUGGAGCCAUCCGAUGCAAGCUCCAGUGCCAGUUCCAGCACCACUACCUGCCCCUAUUCCAGGUGCUCGACCAGUUCCCUCGAUGGUUCCACCACCACCAGGCGCCAGAAACAUUCCCAUUCCACACCCGAUGGGCAAGACGUAUUCCGCACGUCUUAGCGUCAACUGGCCUGGCAACGGCAAGAGAAACAUGCUCGUGAACGUGACGCCAACUCUUCAUUGCCUGCAGGUCCUUGCAACGAACGAGGCAAACUUACGUCCCAUGUCAUUCUCCAACCCCUCUGCGCCACCUUACCACCCUCUACCAGGUCGUGGCAACAAUGGUAACGGAGCUCUCAGAGCCACAGUCCGUCGUGUUACACUGGGCGAGGACGACACAUACGAGAUGGCGGCUUUUGGCAACGACUUGACUGGUUUGUUCCGCAGCACUUCGAGCAUCCCCAAGUUCGAUAUUGAAAUUGUGACGGCGGCUUUUCCUCCAAUGCCACCACCGCCACGUCCUGUGUCGGCUGCUUCCUCCCGCAGCAGCGUCGACAUUGCGGAUUGA